AUGGCUCAUCUCAGUCUGCUCGCGGAAACGGCUUCAGCGGCUGAACCAAGCAUCUUUCGCCGCGGCAACGACGACGACGCCGAACUCUCCCCAGAAGAACGCAAUAACACCAGUUUCUACAAGUACUUUUACCUCCUCCUCGGCAUGCUCGCGGGGCUCAUCCUCGUCGCAGCAUGGCUCAUCCGACGCCGCAAAAGCGGGCAACAAGCACCAGCGAGAGACGCCGGAGCCUGGCCUGGCACACGGAGGUUGCUACACGGACGAUACGGGGCCACCAACUCUGUUCUCCUUCGCCCAACUGAGGGGCUGGACGAGCGUGGAGAAGCGCCGCCACCCUAUCAGCCCAAGUCGGAGGUAUCCUCUACGACUAUCGCUAUACCGCUUCAAGUCCUACCAGCGAACGAGAGCGAGCGAUCACUGCCGCCGCAGUAUAAAGCGCUGCCAUGA